AUGGACCUGGGAUAUUUUCCCCUCGCUUUCCCGCCCGGGCUUUGUCACGGGGCCCCGCUGCCCCCAUACCCCGGACGGGGCGACGGAGCCUUCCUGACGCUGGGCACCGCGGCCAGCGCCUCGUCUUCCUCGCCCCCAGCCUGCGCGGGGGCAGCGGGGUACCCGGGCGUCCCCCCCGCGGCACCAGGUCCCCGCUACCGGCCGUGUCGCGGAACCGGGUCGCUGGGCUUCGCCACGUCCAUCUUCCCCGAGAGCGGCCGCCCGCUGCCGCCGGAGCCCGGCCGCCCCCGCUCCUGUCCCGGUGGCGGAGGGCUGCCGGGCCUCUCGCCCUGCCCCGCGGCGGCGCCCGGCUCCCCGGCCCCCGCGGAGGCUCCCCGCACCUUCGAGUGGAUGCGAGCGAAGCGGAGCCCGCCCGGGAGAUGCGGCGCGGCGCAGUGCGGGGGGGAACUUUCUGCCUGCCCCGCACGCACCAGCUUCAGCACCAGGCAGCUCACGGAGCUGGAGAAGGAGUUCCACUUCAGCCGGUACCUGUCUCGGGCCCGUCGGCUCGAGGUGGCCCGCUCGCUGCGCCUCCGCGACGCCCAGGUGAAGGUUUGGUUCCAGAACCGCCGCAUGAAGCAGAAGAAGCGGGAGCGGGAGGCGCUGGCCGCCCCCGCCGCUGCGCCCACG